CUAUGGAAACUUCUCUUCAUAGCCCUUUGUCCGUAACCACCUUGGGGGCUUCCCAAAGGUCGUUACCUCCCAAGUUCUUUGUGCAGUAUUUAGACCAAUGGCUUAUUGUUGACUUGCGUUGCUCUCAGUUGUACAGUCUGGGUCAUAUCAAGGGGUCUCGCAACCUUCCUUUAAAUAAGAAGAAACUUCUGAACGUUCAACUUUCUGAGUUGUAUCUCCAUAAAUGUCUGCGAAAACUUUCCAAAUUUAUCAAUGAAAGGUUAAAAAAGAAGCAGGUUUGUUAUAUUGUCUUGUAUGACCACUCUUCUACGGAAACUACUGUGUGGAAUCCUAUUUGGAAGUUGCAUAACCGAUGUCAGCAACAGAUGUUUCAGGGCUGUAGUUUCUUUGUUUUAAAUGGAGGAUUUUCUCUUUUCAGUAAUCUUUAUCCGAGGCACACUGUUAGUUGCCAAGUUAUAGAAUGCUCCCGGAAGACCCAAGCGCUGAUUCCUCUGUUGCGUUGUAGUGUUUUCCAAGAUUCCUUUCCUUGUAAGAUACUUUCGUUUGUUUAUUUGGGAAACGAGCGCAAUGCGAGUGAUAGAGAUGCAUUGGAUUUAUUAGGCAUCACUCAUAUAUUGAUCGUAGGUGAAGAGUUAGUGGCACAUUUCCCUGGCAUAUAUGAAUAUAAGCAACUAAUGAUACGCGACUUGGAAACGCAAGACUUGCAUCCAUUUUUAGAUGAAGCCAUUGCGUUUAUUGAAAAGGUUAAGCUUUCAGGAAGAAUUCUAGUUCAUUGUUAUGCUGGAGUUUCUCGCUCUGCUGCUGUAGUUUUGGCAUAUUUGAUUUAUCUUGGAAAUACCUUUGAAGAAGCAUGGAAGUUUCUUAUUGUUCAAAAGAGUGAUGUGCAACCACUUGGUAACUUUAUUCUUCAGCUGAAACAGUAUGAAGAACGUUGGAAGAGUUUGCAAGACGCUGUAUGACCUACUUGUGUAGAGACUGUAUUCAAUGUGUU